AAGUCGGGCUCAGGAGGGUGGACAUAGGAGAAGGUAGAACACAGCGAAGGCAGCUCAGAGCCAGGGGAAGCCGUGGAAAUGAAGAGUCUCCUAGUCCUGCUGUGGCUGUGUGUGGCAGUUGGCUGGUCCUAUCCGUUGCACAGUAGCGCCGACUCCGACAUGGAGUUUCUUCAGAAAUACUUAGAAAACUACUACGGCCUUGCAAAAGAUGCGAAGCUGUUCAUGAAGCAAAAGGACAGUAGUCCUGUUGUCAAAAAAAUCCAAGAAAUGCAGAAGUUCCUCGGGCUGGAGAUGACAGGGAAGCUGGACUCCAACACGAUGGAUGUGAUGCUCAAGCCCAGAUGUGGCGUCCCCGACGUUGGUGGCUUCACUACCUUUCCAGGUUCGCCAAAGUGGAGGAAAAACCACCUCACCUACAGGGUUGAAAAUUACACACCGGAUUUACCGAGAGAGAGUGUGGAUUCUGCCAUUGAGAAAGCGUUGAAAGUCUGGGAGGCUGUGACCCCGCUCAGGUUCUCCAGGCUCUCUGAAGGAGAGGCGGACAUCAUGAUCUCCUUCGCAGCUGGAGAACAUGGAGACUUCAUUCCUUUUGAUGGGCCUGGAGGAGUCUUGGCUCAUGCGUAUGCCCCUGGGCUGGGGAUUAACGGGGAUGCUCACUUUGAUGAUGAUGAACAAUGGACAGAGGACACCACAGGUACCAACUUAUUCCUGGUUGCAGCUCAUGAACUUGGUCAUUCCUUGGGUCUCUUUCACUCAGACAAAACUGAAGCGUUGAUGUACCCAGUCUACAAGUCCUCCACAGACCUGGCCCGCUUUCGCCUCUCUCAAGAUGAUGUGGAUGGCAUUCAGUCCCUCUACGGACCUCCCCCAGCAUCCCCUGAUGUUCCCGUGGUACCCUCCAAGCCUAAUACUCCGGAACCUGAGUUAUCACUGAUGUGCAGCCGAUUGUCCUUUGAUGCAGUCAGCACCCUUCGGGGAGAAUUCUUGUUUUUUAAAGACAGGCAUUUUUGGCGAAAAUCUUUGAGGACCCCCGAACCUGGUUUUUAUUUGAUCUCUUCAUUUUGGCCAUCCCUUCCUUCCAGCAUGGAUGCUGCCUAUGAGGUUACUAGCAGAGACACUGUCUUCGUUUUUAAAGGAACUCAGUUCUGGGCAGUCCGAGGGCACGAGGAGCAAGCAGGUUACCCUAAAAGCAUCCACGCUCUCGGCUUCCCUCCUAUAGUCAGGAAGAUUGACGCCGCUGUGAGUGCUAAGGAGACGAAGAAGACCUACUUCUUUGUGGGCGACCAAUACUGGAGAUUUGAUGAGAAGAAGCGAUCCAUGGAGCCCGGAUUUCCCAGGAAGAUAGCCAAGGACUUCCCAGGCAUUGACUCAAAGGUGGAUGCGGUCUUUGAAGCAUUCGGGUUUUUCUAUUUCUUCAGUGGAUCUUCACAGUUGGAGUUUGACCCAAAUGCAAAGAAAGUGACCCACGUGUUGAAGAGUAACAGUUGGUUCAACUGUUAGAAGAGAUUCGAGGAUAUUUUAUCUGGCAUAUUUUAUCUGAAGUUGACAGUUUUCCGUCCGAGUCUUUGUGAACUGAAGAAGUUUGUUUCUCCCAGUAUGUGCUAUGACAGACCCAGAUGGAAACUGUGGGUCUCCCCAGCCAGACUCACGUGGUCACAGGACAUCCAGAAGCACCCUUAGCAUGUCUGUUACCUGGAGAAGAUGGGGUCAGUCCUGGGCAACAAAUAAGCGACUACAUUUAUGUAGAUUAUUUGUUUUAUCUAAUAAAAAUUGAUGUAUCAUUUAUUUAA